GACGCAGCUCUUUGCCGUGCCGUAGGCUCCUCCCCCCGCCGCAGUCAGUCAGACAGUAAGAGACACCGGGCGCCGCCGACCGAACCCCACAGCCAGCACCGGAGACCGAGGGCAGAGCGUCCGACAGCAGCGGGAACACUCAGCAUCCAGCAGCGGGGCGGCACAGGCCGGACACUGAGGAUGGCCUCCGGAUCAGACACCAAAGUGGAUGAUUUAUCCACCGCAAUUCUGAAGCAGAAGAGCCGACCCAAUCGUUUAAUUGUAGAUGAAGCGAUCAAUGAAGACAACAGCGUGGUUUCUCUGUCCCAGUGUAAGAUGGACGAGCUGCAGCUGUUCCGCGGAGACACCGUCCUCCUGAAGGGGAAGAAGAGGCGAGAAGCUGUUUGCAUAGUCCUGUCUGAUGACACCUGCCCGGAUGAGAAGAUCCGUAUGAACAGGGUGGUCCGUAAUAACCUGCGGGUGCGGCUGGGAGAUGUUAUGAGCAUUCAGCCGUAUCCCGAUGUGAAGUACGGCAAGCGGAUACACGUGCUGCCAAUAGAUGACACAGUGGAGGGCAUUACCGGCAACCUGUUUGAAGUUUAUCUCAAACCUUAUUUCCUGGAAGCCUACAGGCCAAUCAGAAAAGGUGACAUCUUCCUGGUCCGUGGCGGGAUGCGUGCGGUGGAGUUCAAGGUGGUGGAGACAGAUCCCAGCCCGUAUUGUAUCGUCGCCCCAGAUACUGUGAUUCACUGCGAAGGAGAGCCUAUUAAACGAGAGGAUGAGGAGGAGUCUCUAAAUGAAGUGGGCUAUGACGACAUCGGUGGCUGCAGGAAGCAAUUGGCCCAGAUCAAAGAGAUGGUGGAGCUUCCGCUGAGACACCCGGCACUAUUUAAAGCUAUUGGCGUGAAGCCUCCCCGAGGAAUUCUGCUGUACGGCCCCCCUGGAACCGGCAAAACCCUCAUUGCCCGAGCUGUCGCUAAUGAAACCGGCGCGUUCUUCUUCCUCAUUAAUGGUCCUGAGAUUAUGAGUAAACUGGCCGGCGAGUCUGAGAGCAACCUGCGCAAAGCCUUUGAGGAAGCGGAGAAGAACGCCCCCGCCAUUAUCUUCAUAGACGAACUGGACGCCAUUGCCCCUAAGAGAGAGAAGACUCACGGAGAAGUGGAACGUCGUAUUGUCUCUCAGCUGCUAACACUUAUGGACGGUCUGAAACAGAGAGCACAUGUUAUAGUGAUGGCUGCCACAAACAGACCCAACAGCAUUGACCCGGCACUUAGACGUUUUGGCCGCUUUGACAGAGAGGUUGAUAUUGGGAUCCCUGAUGCUACCGGCAGGCUGGAAAUUCUACAGAUCCACACCAAGAACAUGAAAUUGGCUGAUGAUGUUGAUCUAGAACAGGUCGCUAAUGAAACCCACGGUCACGUGGGAGCCGAUCUGGCUGCUCUGUGCUCUGAGGCCGCUCUCCAAGCCAUCCGCAAGAAGAUGGACCUCAUUGACCUGGAGGAUGAAACUAUAGAUGCUGAAGUGAUGAAUUCAUUGGCUGUCACCAUGGAUGACUUCAGGUGGGCACUAAGUCAGAGUAACCCCUCAGCGCUGCGUGAGACCGUGGUUGAGGUACCACAGGUUACUUGGGAGGAUAUAGGUGGCUUGGAAGAUGUGAAGAGGGAGCUGCAGGAGCUGGUUCAGUACCCUGUGGAACAUCCAGACAAGUUCUUGAAGUUUGGAAUGACCCCAUCUAAAGGCGUACUGUUUUAUGGACCUCCUGGAUGUGGUAAAACUUUGUUAGCCAAGGCCAUUGCCAACGAAUGUCAAGCCAACUUCAUCUCUAUCAAAGGCCCUGAGCUGCUCACCAUGUGGUUCGGAGAGUCUGAGGCCAACGUCCGGGAGAUCUUUGACAAGGCUCGGCAAGCUGCUCCCUGUGUUUUGUUCUUUGAUGAAUUGGACUCCAUUGCCAAGGCCCGUGGUGGUAACAUUGGUGAUGGUGGUGGAGCUGCUGACAGAGUAAUUAACCAAAUCCUGACAGAGAUGGAUGGUAUGUCUACCAAAAAGAAUGUCUUCAUCAUUGGAGCCACCAACAGACCGGACAUCAUUGACCCUGCCAUUCUGCGUCCCGGACGUCUGGACCAGCUCAUCUACAUCCCCUUGCCAGACGAGAAGUCCCGUAUUGCUAUCCUGAAGGCCAAUCUGAGGAAGUCUCCAGUUGCCAAGGAUGUGGAUGUUGACUUCCUGGCCAAGAUGACCAAUGGUUUCUCUGGGGCUGACCUGACGGAAAUUUGUCAGCGGGCCUGCAAGCUGGCCAUCCGGGAGUGCAUUGAGAAUGAGAUUAGGAGAGAGCGGGAGAGACAGACAAACCCUUCAGCCAUGGAGGUGGAAGAAGAUGACCCUGUACCUGAAAUCCGCCGUGAUCACUUUGAGGAAGCCAUGCGCUUCGCCCGCCGCUCAGUCAGUGACAAUGACAUCAGAAAAUAUGAAAUGUUUGCACAGACCUUGCAGCAGAGCCGUGGCUUCGGCAGCUUCAGAUUUCCCUCUGGAGGCCAGGGAGGAGCAGGCCCAAGCCAAGGCACAGGCGGCAGUGCUGGUGGAAGUCACUUUGCUGAAGAAGAAGACGACCUCUACGGCUAGACGAGCCCCUGACACCAUCUGACUUGUACAGCAGCGAUAUUCCUACGUUAAUGGACACUUUGCUUUCCAUUCCUCAGUCUGCGCACCCCACUCCUCCUCGUUUUUUGUUUUGUUAUCUGGGUGUGAGAAGACGGGUGACAGGGCUCUUGGGCUGAAACCUUUUUAUUUUCCCCCUCCUGGUUACCAGAGCAAUCUCUGGGCUUUCAGAGCUGUAGAGCGCAGGGCGGCCAUUCCUCAGACCUAACUUUGUGACUCUCAGUACCUGGAACCGGCCUGUAUUUUGUUGCUUGUUAGUUUAGAUCCACAGCUCUGAUGCCUUCAGCCCCUUGUCCCAACAAGAACCAUGAUCCAGGCCUUCCAACAAGCAGAGUCGCAGCGAGCCGUUCAGUUGCCCUUCUGCGCAGUUACUGGUGCUGGCCUCUGGCUUGUUAGAAGGUUCAUAUUUAUGUGCGUUUGUGGAGGAACUCGAGCAACAAAUACAUGUUCUGAUCCGUAUUAAAUGAAUGCUUCACUGCGAGCAUCUUACAGCCGAGAAUGGAGAACGUGCAGUGGAUUUUUUUCUAUCUUAGUAUUGGCCAUAUAUUGUUAUUGGAUAAAAGAAACAAAACGCAGGUUGACGUCUAACAUGAGAAUAAACUGAUUUAUCACUGA